AUGAAAUACUUUAUUGUAAUUGCACUAUUAGUCAGUUUGAAUCAAUGUAUCAGCUUCUAUGCUAAGGAAGGAGUAGAAAAGUGCUUCUCAGAUGAAAUACCAAGUCAAACUAUUGUAGUGAUUUAUCAUGAAUUGAUGUCUGAAGGCGUGGCCAAAAAUGAAAAAAGAGACAUACCAAAAAUGAUUAAAGAUGGAAUCACUCUAAAUGUGUAUGGCCCUGAUGGCAACAUAGUGAAAACUGCUAAAACUGUGGAAGGAAAGAACAAAUUGUCAUUCACUGCUAAAACAAUGGGCAGAUACAAAUUCUGUGUCAUUAAGUCCAAGUAAUUUUGGAGUGUCAAUGAGUAUAAAUACUCCAUCAAAAUACAACAAGGAGUUGAUCAUAAUCUACAAGAUGCUGCAAAUAAGACUCAUGUUGAAUCAAUCAAAGACAGAAUCUCAGCCUUAAAAAACAGAACUGAUGAUUUCAUUUCACUUUAAUAAUUGAAUCGAGAAUAAGAAGAUAAAUUGACAACUCAAUCCAUUGAUAUCAGUAGAAGAGUUACUCAAACUACAAUUCUAUAAAUAGUUGUUCUUCUAGCAUCUGGAGUAUAUUAGAUUUGGAGCCUUAAGAAGUUCUUUAAAUAGAGAUUUUUGAUGUGAUGUUUAUUUUAUUAAAAAUUCAAUGCUU